AUGGCAUCUCCAAGGGCGUAUUUUUGGCCACGACAAAAGCCUGUUUUACUCGUUCUUGCCUCACAGAUCUUGGCGGCUGUCGUCAAUGGAUUGGCAAAGACUUUAGAGACGGGAUGCGACCGUGUUCAUCCACUUCAAAUAUUGAACAUUCGGCUGCUCAUCACGGGGGUGGCGUGUCUUGUCUAUCUAAUGAUCACAAAGUCUGCCGACGGAUUGUGGGGGCCCGAACACUUGAUGAUUCACUUAUUUGUGAGAGGCAUCACUGGUAUUUGCGGCGCCGUAGGCUUUUACUUCUCAAUCCGAUAUCUCACACUCGCUGAGGCGACUGCGCUGAACUUUCUAGCCCCGCUAGGCUCCAUUUUGCUGGCCAAAUACAUCUGCGAUGAAUCUUUUGGUUGGGUAGAUAUCAGCGCAGCCGUUGCAGCGCUACUAAGCGUUGUCUGCGUUUUGCAACCCAAGGCGAUAUUUGUUCCCGAAGCUACCACCAACCCGGCUUUAAAUCAGGAGCCCCAUACAACGAUUGGACUUUUAUAUGGUUCUUUAGGGGUAUUUGGUGGAAUGGUCUCGCUGACUGCUAUACGAUACAUUGGCACCAAGACGAAUCCAGUGAUUGGCAUUAAUUAUUUCGCCUGGUUGACUGUUGCAGCGACAACUGUUGGCUUGAUGAUACUGCCUAAUAUAUCCUGGCCUUCCGGCACUGUUCAGUGGAUUCAGCUUCUUCUGAUUGGCCUCUUCGGUUUUGGCAUGGAGUAUCUUCUGGCCAUGGGACUGUCUGGUGAUGUUCCUGCUACCGCAACAGUCAUGAUAUAUUCACAGAUCUUCUGGGCUGUCUUGUUUGAUUGGUUCAAUUCCAAGACUGUGAGCAACUUUUGGACGUGGUUCGGGUCUAUAGGUAUUUUACUCAGUCUCAGUGCAGCCUCGCUCUCACAGGCCACACGGCCACCUGCAUAUUCUUUACUUCAGAUGCAGGAGGGGGAAGAGAUGAUUUUACAUGACAGGCAGGCUACGAGUACCAAGAGGAUCAUUGGGGCCAGCCAAAUUUUAUAG